UGCCUGAUAGAUGGCCUAAUUACCAACUGUAUCAUCUGAAGGAAUUUGGCAUAAGACUUCAUGAACAAAACUAGGCACAUUAAAGAAAAAAAAGAAAUCAAGGAAGUGUUUGGAUGUGCAGUUAAUAUCUAUCACCUGGUUGGAAACAGCUGUCACAUGGCUGAGCGGUAAUUCCCCGAAACAAAGCAGAAAAAGAUGCUUUGGAUGGACUGAGUCACAAUGAGACGAGUGGAAAGGACUUGCUAGGUUUUUAAGAAUUGUUUUUCCCUCCAAACAGGCAAAAUGCGGGACAUGCUGGAGAGGCUGCAGGCCAUAAGAGAAGAGCAGGACAACAGUCUAGAGUUUUAUGGUCCUGAAAGAAAUGUGGAUGAGGUUGAUUUUUCCCAAGAGGUAGUUGUGUUUAAGUCCUCGGACAUUGAUGAGCUUCUGCAGGAGGUCCACUCUAUACAAAAGGAGAUCUCUUCAUUCCAGUUAGAAGUAGAACGUUUCUGCAUGAACAGUGAAUGCUUCACUACCACCACGCGGUGUUUCAGCGUGCUCAAAAGAAACUGUGACUCGAUUGCCAGGGGGCUCCAGCAGCAUGGGGAGGCCCUCCAUACACGCCUCCAGACUUUUGGAAAACAGAGCAAAGAACUACAGGAGCAAGCAGGCCCCAACUCUGCCGUGAGCCGGAUUGCUCGCACUCAGUACGACGCUCUCACGCUCGCCUUCCACACUGCCAUGAGACAGUACAACACCGCAGAGGAAAAGCGGAGGGCCGCGUGUCGAGGACGGAUCCAGAGACAGGCUUCUAUAUUGGGGUCCAAAAUCACAGACAAGCAGCUGGACGAGCUGGUGGACAAAGGCUGCGAGGGUUGGGCUGAGCUUUCCCACAACCUUCAGACGCAAAGUGGACACUCAUCCCGCUGGGCGCUGAAUGAGAUCAAAGGCCGACACAAGGAGCUGGUGGAGCUGGAGGCCAGGAUGAACGAAGUCCAUGAGCUGUUCCUGCAGAUGGCCAUACUGGUGGAGGAGCAGGGGGUCAUGCUCAACAACAUUGAGGCUCAUGUGUCCAGGACCGGCGAAUAUGUGAAACAAGGAAACUUUCGCUUGAACAGGGCCAUCCAACACAAGAAAAAAAACCCCUUCCGGCAAUGCUGCUCCUGUUUACCCUUCAUGCGGCGCUAAAACACCUUCUAGCACCUGCGCCAACUUGAUGUAGUUUUACCAAUGACCUUAAGAACUAAAUAAAUGCUGAAAGUUAGCGACUGCAGAGCUUCAAUCAUGUGAAAUCCAA